ACACACACACACACACACACACACACACACACACACACACACACACACACACACACACACAAUCACGCACACAUCGCUCGCUCCCAUUCAGGGUGAACAUUGAAGCAACGUGUUUCUCUGCAUCGUACCGGCGGCGCGAGGCGGGGCGGUAGCACCGAUCAAACACCGGGAGGAGGGAGGAGCGGCGCGAGGGGCAUGCAGCAGCAGAGACAACGAAUGCCCCCCCCCCCCCCUGCUCUUUGAAGAAAGCCGGUAAUUAGUGACGUGUUUUGCCACCACCAGCAGCGAGGAGGGCAUUCGUCGGGACAGCCUGUUGGCGGUGCGUCGCGCGGACGAGCAGGACUCGGUAAUUCACCGGGGACCGAAUGAGGGGCUGAGCUGAAAAAGAGAAAAGGGGAAGAGGAUGACAAAGCCCUCAAUGCGGCGCCCAGCGGAGGACACAUCUACCGGACGAUCUGCCGUUUGCGGUUAAAGAAAUCCUCCGCCAGAUGACGCUCCGCCGCCUCUAAUGGGUGAGACCCGGUAUAGGAGGCGGUGCUGUGACCGGGGAAAGUGGACUUGUUCCCCGCCUUGCCGUGGACACUAGUCGGCGGGGUCGUCGCCCCUCUGACCGUCCUCCGACCGUGUGACUAGAGAUCGGUGCUCCCCGAUGCGGCCGGACCCUGAUGGUCGGCGUUCCCGGGCUGUCCGGUCGACGGUGGGAGAGGCUCGAGCCGCGGCCGCGCGCUAGGAUGCUGCGCCAGGUGUUGCAGGCGGGCCUGGGGGGCUCCUUCCACGCGCUGGGUCGCUUCGUCGCGAGCCACCCGGUGUUCUUCGCCUCCGCGCCCAUGCUGCUCUCCAUCUUGCUCGGCGCGAGCUUCAGCCGGUACCGCGUGGAGGAGAACGUCGAGUACCUGCUCGCGCCGAAGCACAGCCUGGCGAAGAUCGAGGGCAACCUCGUGGAGAGCCUGUUCCCCGUGAACCGCUCCAAGCACGCGCUUUACUCCGACCUGCAGACCCCCGGCCGCUACGGACGCGUCAUCGUCACCGCGCGCAAAGGCAGCGUGCUGGAUCCGGUGCACCUGGACACCAUACUGACGCUUCACCGCCGGCUGUACCAGAUGCAGGUCACGGUGCCGGCCAGCAGCGCCAGCAGCUUCAACUACUCCUUCUCCUCGCUCUGCCUGCCGGACGACAACAACGCCUGCAUCAUCGACGACAUCAUCCGCUCCAUGCAGGGCAUCCAGGCGGCCCGCGCCGCCAACCACACCCCGCCCCCGCUCAAGUACCCAAUCACGCGGCUGGCAGACGGGCGGCAGGCCUACAUCGGCCACCAGCUCGGGGGGGUGCAGGGCUGGGGCCCCAUGGCCAAAGGGGACGGCGUGCGUUCGGCGCGCGCCCUCCAACUCACCUACUACCUCCAGGCGCACACCAGUUUGAUGGACAAGGUGGCCGGCCAAUGGGAGAUGGCCUUCUGCGCGGAGCUGCAGCAUUUCGGCGCGGCGCACCCCAAGCUGGGCCUGUACCCGUCCACGUCGUCGUCCCUGCGGACCGACUUCCAGCACUCCUCGGUGUUGGCGCGGCGCCCCCUGCUGAUCAGCUUGGGGCUGUGCAGCGUCCUGGCGGUGCUGUGCUGCUCCAUGAGGGACUGUGUGCGGGCCAAGCCCUGGCUGGGCCUGCUGGCGCUGCUGUCCAUCACGCUGUCGGGACUCACCGCCGCGGGGAUCCUCAACCUGACCGGGGCCACGUACAACUCCACCUACCUGGGCAUCCCCUUCGUCAUGCUGGGCCACGGGCUCUUCGGCUCCUUCGAGAUGCUGUCGUCGUGGCGACGGACGCGGGAGGACCAGCACGUGAAGGACCGCGUGGCGGCCGUCUUCGAGGACGUGAUGCUGCGCUUCUCGGGCUCCACCCUGCUGCACCUGACGGCGCUGGGCCUGGCCGCCUCGCCGCUCACCAACAUGGAGGCCGUGCGCCUCUUCUGCCGCACGGCCUCGCUGGGCGUGGCCGUGGGCUACGUGUACACGCUGUCGUUGUACGGCUCCUGCCUGGUGUUCACCGGCUACCUCGAGACGGGCUACCGCCACGGCUGCUUCUGCCGCCGCGUGCCCAAGCCCGAGCGGCUGGACGCCAAGCCGGCCUGGUACCGCUGCCUCAUGUACACGCGCUACGAGGAGGAGACGGCCGGCCCCCACGCCAGCCCGCCGCGCAGCUACGCGCACGACAACGCGCACGGCAACGCGCACGGCAACGCGCACGGGGACGCCGUGCACGGGAACGUCAACGUGCACGGGAAUGAAGAGCCGGCGUCGAAGGAUCAGAAAGCGACGUCGCUGUGA